UUUCAAUUUUCUAUCUCUAUGUAUCAGUUCAGUUCUGGUAAUCUCUGUUCUAAAUAACAAUACGCACACAAAAUGCCCAUUUCUUCUCGCUGGCAUCUCGCCAUCCCUCCCAUCUCCCUUCCAUCCUACCUUUUUACUUCCUCCGAUCAUCCUCUCCCAGAUAAAUUGGCUUUCAUUGACGCUACAAAUCGCUCUCGCUUCUUCACUCACUCAGAUUUUCGACUCUAUUCCCAACGUUUAGCUGCUGGAUUAAUUAAAAAUGGAUUACAACCAGGUGAUCGAGUGUUACUCUUUUCAAGUAAUAAUCUAUUCUUCCCAGUGAUUAUUAUGGGAAUUAUCUUGGCAGGAGGAAUUUUUACAGGUGCAAAUCCGGGGUUUGUGGAAAGGGAACUAGCUUAUCAGCUAAGUGAUUGUCAAGCGAAGUUCUUACUUUGCGGUGAGGAAAGUUUAAUAGUCGGAAUCAAAGCAGCGGAGAAUGCAGGCUUGGGGAGGGAGAACAUGUUUGUAUUCGGCGAUGGAGGUAAGAACAUUGAUAGAAAAGAAGAGGAGAUGAAAGGAAUGAAGAGUUGGUGGGAACUUCUGGAGAGUGAGGAGGUAGGUAGAGAGUUUCAAUGGAAGGAGGAUUUUGACCCCAAGGAAACGGUUUGUUGUUUGAAUUAUAGUUCUGUAACGACGGGUGUACCUAAAGGGGCGAUGAUUACGCAUUAUAAUUAUGUUGCGAACUCGAUGCAAUAUAAACAUUUACAUGAGCUUCAUCCUGAAACGCCACUAAGGAAUAAGAAAGCAAAAUGGUUAUGCUUCCUCCCUUUGUACCAUGCAAUGGGCCAAACAAUUUUCGGAUCUGUGGCACCGAAACGAGGCAUUCCGGUUUACAUCAUGAAGAAAUUCGAUUUCAAAGGAAUGUUGGAAGCAGUGCAAAAGUAUAAGAUUACUUCAUUGAAUAUGGUGCCUCCAAUCGUUGUUAUGCUCGUCAAAUCGCCGCUCACUAAACAAUACGAUCUUAGUAGUGUCAUUGAUAUGAUCUCUGGUGCUGCACCGCUAAGUGGUGAUGUGAUAGAUGCGGCGGAGAAGCUGUGGCCAGAUGGGAAUGUCAAACUUACUCAAGGAUGGGGAAUGACUGAAGCAACUUGCUCACUUCUAGGCUGCGAUACUCGGCAUGAUCCUAUACUAAAUUCAGUAGGUGAACUUAACGCCAAUUGUCAUGCGAAGAUUAUGGAUCCGGAAACACUAGAGGAACUCAAACAGGGUGAACGGGGUGAAAUUUGGGUUCAAGCACCUAAUAUUAUGAAAGGCUAUUGGAAUAAACCUUCCGCUACCCAAGAAACUCUCAUUGACUCUCCAUCUGGCGUCUGGCUUCGUACGGGAGAUAUUGCUUAUGUCUAUUCUCAAAAGCAUUUUUUCAUCGUUGAUCGAAUGAAAGAACUUAUUAAAGUAAAGGGUAAUCAAGUGGCUCCUGCUGAAUUAGAAGCGCUAUUACUUGAACAUCCAGAGAUUGCAGAUGCAGCCGUGAUCGGAGUAAUGAUCAGGGAAGGGGAGGUACCCAGGGCUUAUAUCGUGAAGAGUUGCGAGAGUGGAAACGGACUAAUUGCAGAAGAAGUGAUGGAAUGGGUGGAAAAGAGGACCAGUAGGUUUAAGUGGCUGAAGGGUGGUGUGGAGUUCGUAGAUACAAUUCCCAAGAAUCCAAGCGGGAAAAUAUUGAGGAAGUUAUUGAGAGACAGAGCAAAGGAGGGGAUCAGUAAGAUUAAUGUCAAAGCUCGACUUUAAGACUCAGUAUCGUCGGGAACAAGGUUUUUAUAAAUAUAUAAGUAGCCCCAAAUACAAAUUGAUGCAACC